AUGCUGGUGCUGCAACCCUCCUCGGCUUGCGACGUCUGCAUGGAGACGUACGAUAAUGAACGGGACCCCCACUUAAUCUCCUGUGGGCACACGUUCUGUCUGAGCUGUCUUGAACUGCUGAUCCCACAGCGCUGCCCUCUCUGCCGGAGAGACUUCGAUCCAGAUCAAGUUCGCCGACUGUAUGUCAGUGAGGAUGAUCGGUCGGCGACCCCUGCGCUCUCAAACGUGACAAUCAGUGAGUGCUCUUCAUAUGCACAGCAAUAG